AUGGAUGCAGGAACUUUAACAUUACGAACAGCUGAGGCUGGCGACUUCAACGAAAUAGUGAAACUUUCAGAGGGAAUUUACACAGGACAUGAUUAUCUUCCGUUGAUAUUCCACCAGUGGCUUCAGAGGGACAACAUAGUUGUCAUACUUGCCCAUUGUGGCGCGAGACUCGUCGGAUUAGAGGCAUACUUCGUAGUUGAUGAUGGCCGCACUUUGAUUCAUCGAGCGGCACGCGUUCAUCCAGAUUAUCGAGGUCAAGGUAUUUUCAAACAGAUCUAUGAGUACUCCAUUAAACACACAAAAGAGCAUUAUCCUAAUCUGCAAAGAGAGCGGUUUACUUCCAUUCUUGAUCUUGAAAUUCCCGAUCCAAGGAAACUUCUCGAGUUGCAUGUAGAAGCAUAUCACGUUGGGAAGGAAUUCUGUGACAAACCAGAAGCAACAGCCUUGAAAAAUCCGAUGGAGAUCAAGACGUGUGCGCCUGAUUAUUUCGCCAAUAUUAUUGAAUCUUUGCCAGCAAGGUUAUUCGCAAGCAACUCUAUUUUCCUCAGUAACUCGUGCCCUUUCGACCGACUUCGAUCCAACGUCGAUCAUAUUUUUAGAGAAGGUACUGAACUCUACGUGGAGAAAUGUGAUCAUGAUGUUGUUCCUAAUUCGCUUGGUGUUGGCACGCUUUCCCCGAGGGUGAAAUACAUGCAAUGGGUCGCUCAGGUUUAUACCGAUUCUCCAGAUCUUUUUCAAGCUCACAUCGUACAUCAAUUCAAGCGUGCUUGUGAAUUAAUUAACGACGAUUUUGUUUUCAUCACGAUGGCAGACGAGAGGUUAAGUUCGCUCGUAAGGAUCAUCAUGAAGGACCAACUAAAGUUCAAAACGGUGGACCGCUAUCACAACAAGACGUUGAAAGUCUUUGAGAAGGACUUGAACGUAAAAUCUCACCUUUAA